AAGCCUUUUGUGGUUUAUUUAAUAAGUAUCAGAGUAUGAAAGAAAAUAAACACUUAAUACACAUGAACUCUUUAUCUUUUAUGAUUCAUGUCUUUCCAAUAACAAAUACACACCCACUUACAUGUAUUAAAAAAAAUCAUGAAUAAUUACUGUGAAAUACCAGUUAAAACUGUAGUAUCACUUUUGAAAAAUGUAAUUUUAUACAGCAGUACAAAUUUAAAAUAUGAAUAAUGUAUGAUUAUACUACUCGUCAUCAGUGGGGAAAGUGAUAGGUCCUCUGCUGGACAAAAGCCUUGAAGUUUGGAGUGAGUUCAGUCAAUGCAAGACGAAGGCAAUUACACAGAUGAUUAUCAGUCAGAACAGAGCGAUUAUGGGAUUUCAUGUUGUUCAUUGUUGAGAAUGCUGAUUCACACACAUAGGUCGAGCCAAACAGUCAAAAUGUUAGACAUGCAUCCGACGAAGUGGGUAUUCACCCAUGAAAGCUUAUGUUCCAAUACGUCUGUUAAUCUAUAAGGUACCACAGGACUCUUUGCCACUUUUUCCAAAUGUUAAAUACCACCUUCCUCAAGUGUGGAUAUGGGGAGUCCAGAAAGUUUCAGCUGUAGUUUCAGCAUGCUGCACCCUUAGCACUUCAUUGGCAUGUAAAUCAGUAAACUCCUGCUUUAACUUUGCUUUUUCAACAUCAGGAAAGGAUGCUUUUGCUUGAUCAGACUAAGUGCCAUUUGCUUGUACCACGAAUGGAUUCCUUACACACAGGAAGAUGUCGUGAAUGCUUUCAGAUUCUUGAACCCUCUGCGGGAAGUUUUGAAGAAGUCUGUCCAGAGAUGAUGCCACCCGAGUUACAUCUGCAGUUUCCCAGCAGCUCAGCAGAGUUGGGAAAUGCAGCAUCUCCCCAGAUUCCAAAUCACUUUUGAAGAGACUCAGUUUGUUUUGAAAUGAGGGGACACUGCUGUUGAGAUCCGCUAUGUUGUGAUUUUGCCCUUGUAGCUUUAAGUUGAAAUCAUUUAAGUGGCCUGUCAAAUCAACAAGGAAGGCCAGGAUGCUCAUGCUUGCGGCAUCCCUCAAAAAUGCAUGUAACUCUUCUGCCUUUUUCCCUGGAAUGUUAUGUAGAUAUUCUUCCACAUGAACUUGAAUUUCCCACAGCCUUCUUAAUAGUUGCCCUCUGCUCAACCAGCGGAUGUCAUUAUGAACCAACAGGUCAUCGUAAUUGGCAGAUACUUCUGAAAGAAAGCUUUUGAACUGUCUGUGUUGCAGUGAUGACUUGGACUGAAGGAAGUUGACAAGUUUAAUCACCAUUGACAAUACAGUCGCAUACUCAUUGCUAAGCUUCGCACAAAGUUUGGUUUGGUGAAUUACACAGUGAUAGCAAAUCAAAUUGGGGUUCAGAUCUUGCAGGUGUUUCACAAGCCCUCUGUGAGUGCCGAUCAUUGCAGGAGUGCCAUCUGUUGCAAUUGACACAAUCUGAGUUACGUCAAGACCUUCAUUAGACAAAACAGUUUGAACAGAAUUAAACAAAUCUUUGCCUGGCGUGCAACAGUUAUGCAGUAUAAAGAUCAACAACUCUCCCCAAAAUUCUCUCCAUCAAAAAAAUAGACAUACAGUGCUAGGUGCGCUGUGUCCCUGAUGGUAUGGGACACUUCCACUGCCAUGGAAAAUUUUCCCGUUUUCUGUUUCAUACACAAUUGCUUGAAAAAGUCUUGUGACGUCAUCUGAGUGUGCCUAAUAGGGUUGUGUCUGAGAGCGGCAGUUGUCUGAAGGCGUCAACAACGUCUUUCUUUUCUGCAAAAAAGGAUUUCAGCUGUAGUAACCAUGCACUGCUUAAUAAUGUCUGCAUCUGCAAAAGGUUUCCUGUGUUUUGCCAUUAUCCACACACACACACCUCAGUGAUGCUUCAGUUACCUUUUCCUAAGCACAAGUAGCCUUUGAAAUAAUAUUUGUGCUCAGGAAAAGGCAAAUGAAGCAUCACUUGCCUUCAAUAUGUAUUCUUCAAUGAAGCGAUCUUGUCCGAUCUUAAUUGGGAGCCCAGUGGAUACUUGCGGUCAAAAUCCAUGUGCUUCAUUUCGUAGUGCCAUUUGAGGUUCCCACAUUUAACAACAGCCACAGUCUCUGUACAAAUUAAACAUACUGGUCGACCCUUUGGAUGUUGUGGCAAAACAAAACAAUAAGCGUCGGUCCACUUUGCUUUAAAUGAACAGUUCUCGGUGUCGACUUUCCUUUUCUUUGCUGCCACGUUUAACCACAGAUGUGGAAAGGGCUGGAGGUGGGACGACCUUGGCUCGCCUUUGCUCCUCCUGCAGUUUACCCCUCAUCCACGCAGGCCCUGGAGAGGGGGUGCAGGGAGGGAGAGGAGCAGGCCCAAGAGCCCUGCCCUUGUCGCAGGAGCAGAGGACAGAGAAGCGCGAAUCUGCCGCAAGCCACCCAACUCUGCGUCUUCUCCUACCUGGAUGGGGCCUGCUGGGGCAGGGGGAGCGAGCAGAGCCCGCUUCCCACAGCAGCCCUGAUUGGCGGCAAAGGAAAAAGCAGCCAAUCAGAGGAGGCUUCCCCAAGAGAGGCGGGAAAUACGCACUCCCCCCACCCCACCCCCCAGCAGCUGAGGGGGAAUUGUGGCCCCGACCUCGAGGAGCCCUUUUGGAUUUUGAGGGGGGGAGGGGGGUCAUUGCUGGGAGCCAAGGGAGGCGUGGCCCGGCCCAGCCCCGCCCACGCCUGCCCUGAGUUCAGCUCCCACCCUGGCCCUCUGCCUUUCCCGCAUGCGCGCUAGCCUCGCUGCCCUGACAGGAGCGGGGGGGAGGGUCGCUCUGUGAUGAGGUCACAAGCCGGCGCCGGCCGGAAGCGGAAGUAGAGGAGACAGAGGCGGUUCCGUUUUCUUUCCCAGCCGCGCCAUGGCGCCGCGGAGCUCCCGUCACACGGGCUCGCACAAGGCGCGCUCCCUGGCCCGCCAGUGGAAAGCGAAGCGGCGGCGCCGGGACCUGGACCAGAUCCACGGGGACCUGCGGCCGGAUAACGCGGCCAGGCUGCUGCACCAGGAGCCGGACCCCGACAUGCCCGGGAGCGCGCAGCACUACUGCCUGCACUGCGCGCGCUACUUUGUCGAUUUGAAUAGCAUGAAGGAACAUUUCAAAUCUAAAGUUCACAAAAGAAGACUGAAGCAGCUGAGUGAGGAGCCUUAUACCCAACAGGAGGCAGAGAGAGCAGCUGGGAUGGGAUCCUACAUUCCUCCAAAGAAGAUAGAAGUACAGACUCAACCGCUUGAGAUGGAGGAAUCCAGCUGAAUAGGGAGGACCAGCAAUUGUUCUCUGAUCCAUUAGAAAGCGCCCUUGUUUAAAGCCCCACUUUGUGGCAGCUUCUUUUCUGAGUUCAAUAAGUGUCUUUAAAAACACUCCCCCUGCAACAAGGCAUAAAAAUGAACUCAGCUGUUCUCAUUAAUUCUUCAGCAAGGAGUAGAGCGCUGGCCAGUGGAGACCUUUGGACCCUCUUGCUUUAGCAGAUAUUGUGCAUUAUGUUCUCAUUGGCAACAUGGACAUACAGUGCAGCUAGAGGUCCAGAAAAAGGAUGACCAACAUCCUGGUGAUAUUGACCUGAUUGUUACAGUCUUUUCUCUUUGUGUUAGUAUUUUAAGCAGUGGAUGCAGCUCUUGAGGAGUGUGAUCUCUCUGUAAUCAUCCAUCAAAUUAUUUUAAUAAACAAGCUGGCAGCUGCU